AACCAAUCAAAACGUGCGGAAGUGCUUGAGAACAAUUACGUGUGCCCUAAGAAAAUAUCUACAAUUUAUAGCUGAGCUAUUCUAACAUGUGUGCUCCUUAUUUAUUAAUAGCAAAGUCAUAGGUAGAAAUAAGAACAAUUGAUAACAUAGCAACAUAUAAACACUUCCUUGCUGGUCCGCUCGUACGCAGAAUACCACGAAGCUGUGGAUGUGAUUUUAGUGAAAAAAAUUGAAAAGUAGUUUGUAUCAAAAUAAUGAAGCUGUUAACAUGCUUGUAUUUGAUGGCCUGGCUUGGCCUUGGUAAAGCCGAAGGAGAUGAGAACAAAGGACCUAAAGUGACAGAUAAGGUUUUCUUUGAUAUUACAAUAGAUGGAGAACCGACUGGACGGAUUGAAAUCGGUUUAUUUGGUAAAACAGUGCCAAAAACAGUUGAAAAUUUCAAGCAACUGGCAUCAAAACCUAAGGGUGAAGGAUAUUUGGGCAGCAAAUUCCAUCGCGUCAUUAAGGACUUUAUGAUACAAGGGGGUGACUUCACUAAAGGUGACGGCACUGGAGGUCGUUCUAUAUACGGCGAACGUUUUGCUGAUGAAAAUUUUAAAUUGAAACAUUAUGGCGCAGGAUGGUUGUCCAUGGCCAAUGCUGGAAAAGAUACAAACGGUUCGCAAUUCUUUAUCACUACAAAGCAGACGUCCUGGUUAGAUGGACGUCAUGUGGUAUUUGGUAAAAUAUUGUCCGGCAUGGAUGUGGUGCGAAAAAUUGAAAAUACACAAACAGACGGCCGCGAUCGUCCCGCUAAAGACGUAGUCAUAACGAAUUGUGGCGCUUUAUUAGUAUCUGAGCCUUUCUCGGUUGCCAAAGCCGAUGCGACAGAAUAAAUUCAAAUGAUUUUAUAAAUUAAAUUAGAAUCAA